AUGGCUACAACCACCAGACCAUCUAAUAAACCAGCCAUUGACGCCUACCCUGAAUCUCAAAUUACAGAACGCGCCGGAAAAGAGCGCUACGGUGCAGGCGACACGUUCCUUGUCCAAGACGUUCUGCCACCGGAUGUGCUCGAAGGGUCGUUUGAACGUCUAUGCAACGAGGUGAAAUGGAAUACAAUGAGUCAUCGUGGUGGAGAGGUUCCAAGGCUUGUUGCAGUCGAGGGCACGGUGGACGAAGACGGAACUGUCCCGAUCUACCGUCACCCAGCCGACGAGUCACCCCCACUCCAUCCGUUCUCUCCAACGGUAGACUUUAUCCGCGAACACGUCUCUCGACUUCUACCAUCGACCCACGCGCCGCUCAACCACGUGCUGAUACAACGCUACCGCACAGGUGAAGAUUAUAUCUCAGAACACGCGGAUAAGACGAUCGAUGUCAUUCACGGGACUUAUAUCGUCAACGUGUCCCUCGGAGCCCAACGCAGAAUGACACUACGCACCAAGAAGCCUCACAAAUAUAAUAACAAGCACGCUGACGAAGACGCUUCUGCAACAACAGACCGAACUGUCCAACGCAUCCCGCUGCCUCAUAACUCUGCUUUCUUCCUCGGCCUCACCACAAACCGUCUCUGGCUACAUAGCAUCAGACAAGACCGUCGCGCUCCUUUCCUCCUUACCCCACCCGAGCUCGCGUUCGGCAGGGAACGUAUCAGCCUGACGUUCCGCUCAAUCGGGACGUUCCUUACACCCGCCCCAAGGCCUCCACCUAUUCAAGUUCAACAAAAUGCCAAGGAACAAGCGGAAGAGAACGAGAACAUAGAAGAACACGAAGAACAGAAAGGCAAUACAGAGAAUUGGCUAAUUUGGGGUCAAGGCGCUACCUCUAAGUCUCGUCUCACUGCACGUUCCAUCAGCUCCAACGGCUCUGAACGCGCAGCCCUUAUACGCGCAUUCGGUGUGGAGAACCAUUCUCCCGAGUUUGAUUGGAAGAGGGCGUAUGGUCGUGGGUUUGAUGUUUUGCAUUUCACUUCCUGA